AUGAUUGCCAAGCAGAUUUUCACACUUCCUGGAAUUUAUUUGCCCAGCAACGUCGAUUUCAAUAUGAAUCCAAUCGAAGUUGUAUUCAACAUCACAACUGAAGCUAAACUUAUGCACACUUGCAGGACGUAUAGCAGGAUAUUGCCCUGUUUCGACCAAAAAAUGGUUCAGUGUGGAACACCUGCUGAAAAGAGUCAACUCGAACGCGGAAAGAGACUGCAUACCUACUUGUGUGCUCCGUUUUCUCUUCAACGACAAAAAAUUUUCUUGAGACGGAGUAAAUGUAUCCAGGAAGUGUUGGCAGAACCACAAAACUCAAAUUGUAAUAGAAAUGAUACCGUGUUUGUCGACAAACUGCAAUCUUGCAAAGAAAUGUGUACUCGACCAGAUUGUCUCACUAAAAUUGAACUCUCAGAGGUGUCAACCUGCACUUAUAUCAAUAUUGGUAAAAAAUGCACAGCAGAAGCUGCUCAAUUUUUUGCCCAAAUGCAACAGGUGCUAACUAACAAAGAAUACCCAAUGCAAUGUCAAUACGACUUGAAUCGCAGACCGGAAGGGGAAUUGAGAAAAGGACUUCCCAUUGAGUCUCUAAUUGCACAAACCACUUCCUCAACAACAUAUGUAACUGUACACCCUCCGGAACUUCCACCUGUCAUUGACGGAGUUAUUACUCGUACCAGUUUGCCAAUUAUGAGACGGACAGAUCCUCAUUCAAAGUCAAAACCAAGACCAACUGUUUCUCAAUCAUCUGGACCUGUUAUCAAAACAGUUAUAGUAGAUGAACGUGGUGCUCCCGUCACUCCAAGACCUACAACGCAAAAACCAAAAGUUGUUCACAAGUUCUUACCUAACCCUUAUACAACAAAAAAUCCGAAUGCAUUGAAAAAUGACAAUGUGAGAACAACCAGAACAAUCAUUCCUGCUGGCGACAAGCAAUCUCAAACUUAUGUCCCAUGGAAUUACAAGUCCGAUGCUGUUCAGGUAUCAACCUUGUCGAGUCUUUUAGCUCCAAUUGUGAAGCCAACUGAGAAUGUAUUGUCUGCACCUCCAGUCUCCUUUAAUUUUAAAAUGCCACCAGAGCAAAACACCACACAACCAUUUAGAGUGGAGAUUAACUGGAAUGAUGACACAGUGAAAGAAGAGCCCACACAAGCUCCAGGAAUUUAUGCUUCACCAUGGUUCAUCAAGACUCCGUCGUAUAUUCCACCAGAGAUUGAGUUUUCUCAUUCAUCCCCAAAACCGACAACACCAUCUCCAUUAGAAGCAGUGAACCCAUUACUUAACCAGUUGAAAUCCAACGCUCUAAAUUUUACGGAACUCGGAAAUCAAGCAAACAACUACUUUUCGGCUGCAUUGAGUGCAUUCGCGGAAACAAAGAAAGAAAUGGCACACAAUGACCCAUGGAGGACACUAAUAGACGCUGUCGCUCCAACCAUUCACAAAUUCUCUCCUGAAAUGAUACCUCGAAUUCGGGAAGAGAUCAAUCGCAUUCAACCUCAACAACGAAAACAGUGA